AUGGUCUUUUUUCUGUUCAUUCUUCUUUCUUGCGCAGGUGUAGAUAGGUUACAUUUAUCUCAGUGUCCAUUUUCAACCGUCGCGUUUAUCUAUAUCCGACUCGACCACAAUCACCUUUGGUACCUUUCCUCUCGAUAUCUAUAUAUCUCCCUCCUCUAUUAUAGGCCAAUUUUUAGUCCCUCUCCUUUUAUUCUAUCCUUUUUCUUUUUUCCUUCUUUCUUUCAUUUACCUUUCAAAUUACCUUUGGUCGAGAUUUUUUUUCUUUUUUUCUUUCUUCUUCCUCCUCCUCCUCCUCUUCUUUUUUCUCCUCUCUUCUCUCUCUCUUUUUUCUUUCUCCUUCUUCCUCUUUCUCUUGUCCUCUUCUUCUUUCCAUUUCUCUUUUCUUUUCCUUUUCCUCUUUCUUUUCUUCCUUUCUUCUUCUUCUUUCCUACUUUUCUUCCUCCUUCCUUUUUCUUUUUUUUUUUCUUCUUCUUUCUCUCUCUUUCUUCUUCUUCUUCUUCUCCUCUUCUUUCAUUUUCUUUUUCGUUUCUUCCUCUCCCCCUUUUUCCUUCCUCUUUUCUUUUCCUUCUCCGUUUCUCUUCUCUUCUCUUUCCUUUCUUCCUGCUUCUUCUGUUUUUCAUCCUCCUCUCCCCCCUUCCUUCUACUUCCUCCACUACUUCUUUCCUUCUCCUUCUUCUUCUUGUCCUUCCUCCCUUUUUUCCAUCUCCCACUUCUUCACUCACUUACUCCCCUCCUCCUCCUCCUUCUUCAUCUUCUUCUUUUCUUUCUUCUUCUUUCCUUUCAUUUCUUUCCCUUUUCAUCUUUCCCAUCUUCUUCGUCCUCUUUCUUCUUACUCCUCCUCCUUUUCUCUCACCAUCCCCUUUUCCUUCUUUCCUUUUUCCUUUCUCUUUUCCUUUCCCUUCCUCUUCUUUCUUCUUUUUCCUCUUCUUUCCCCCCUAUCUCUCCUUCUUCUUCUUCUUCUUCUUCUUCUAA